GGACAGAGGAGAGAGGUGAGAAGAAAGAGGAGCAAGAGGGGAUAUAACUGAGGCUCUAUUGUAGUAGCAUUACAACCCAUCAGAACUGCAACCUUGUAUAAGUGGUGGAAAGAGACAGCUUGGUGGGCCCGUUGGUAGCCAUACAAACACCAUCAUCCAUCUCCCAGACAUGUCUUCUUCUUUCUAUAUCUUUCACAUCCUCACCAUUCUUCUAUGUUUGAGAUGACCUAAUUCUUUAAAAAUAAAAAAUAAAAAUUCUUUCGUCUCACGUGUGAGCAUUGUUCAAUUUGUCGCACCAAAUCAUUCUCUUCUCUGUAUAUUGGGUAGAGAUAAAUACUCUACACUUCCUAGUACCGAGGAAUGAAGAGAGAGAUGAUAGCAAAGGCCUCUGCUCUCCGUUUUCUGCACUUUAUUGUUCCUACUCUAUCCGACUCCAUUUUCAUACCCUCCUCUAUUUGCAAAGCCUUCACCCUUGCUUCCCCCACCUUCUCCUCAAAAGCAUUAGAAGUAGUAGCAGGAGUAGAAAAAGUAGUAGGUAAUGACGCUCCUAAAGACACUGUCGACAUCUUCCGCAGAUGCGGCUGCAAUGACAUUGAGAUCUCCAAAAUCCUCCUUCGCCAGCCUUCCCUUCUUCGAGUCAACCUUCCCCUCCUCCAAGGUAAGCUCAAUAUUCUACAAAGCUUGGGAAUUGUCGGAUCGGACCUCAUCAAGAUCAUAACCUGCCGCCCCCGUUUCCUAGCUUGCCGACUUAACAAAGGCCUCGACCACCGCCUUCAAUUCCUUGAGACAUUGUUUGAAUCUCGACAAAUGCUCCGCAAGGCCAUUAUUCGCAACCCCUCCCUCCUCAAUUAUGAUGUUGAUAACCGAAUGAAACCCUGUGUCGCCCUCUAUGAAGAGAUGGGCAUCAACAGACUGGAAUUGGGGUUCAUGCUUAAUUCCCGCCCCAUGAUAAUACCCCGCUCAUCCCUCAACAAAGAGAAGCUUGCCUACAUUCAAUCCACUGGCCUCUCCAAGGAAUCCAAGAUGUAUAAAUAUGUUGUCUCCCUCAUUGCUGUCUCUCGCCUCGAGACAAUCCGUGAGAAAGUUGCCAACUUUGAAAAGUUUGGGUUCUCAUUCGAUGACGUGAUGCAUCUGUUCGCCCGCACUCCCAACGUGCUCACGCUUUCCAUCCAUAAAGUUCAGAGGAACAUGACUUAUAUCAUGGGAACCAUGAAGCUACCCGCCCGCAUUGUCCUAGAUCAACCGUUCCUGUUGUACGCCAACUUGGAGGGGGUAUUGAGACCACGGUUUCUCCUUGCUGGGAAGAUUCAGGAAAUGGGUUUGCAGCCACAGAUCAAAGGUCCUGCCAUGGUGACAGCGAUGAGGAUGGCAAAGCCUCGGUUCCAGAAAGCAUUCAUCACAUGCCAUGAGAAUGACAUCGCAAAGAGUCUGAUGGAAUUUUACAGCAAGACGAAGAGUAUCAAGAGAUUAGCCCAAGAUUCAAAGUUGGGCUUGCGCAAGGGAUUUCCUUUUUGAUGUUUAAUGCCUAAUAGGGGCUCAUUCUUUUUAUGCAAUUCAUUGAGUUGUCUGUUGUACUUUCUAUUUAUCAUGACAAUGAGAAUACACAUUUACUUCUGUUCAAAAUUUUAAACUAUUGAUAUGGCAAAUUUUCUUCUUUCA